UUCAACUUUCCCAAAGCCAGCAGCAGCAGCAGCAUCGGUUCUUUCUCUCCCCUUUGGACACCAAAAUAACAUCACAGUACUUCCGCACAAAUCAAUACCGAUCUCCACAACACAAAACUCCCAGAAUCAGUUUCGCUCAGAAUUCCAUGGCAGAGAAACCUGAGCCAUUGAAAGUGCUAUACUGUCCAAUAUGUUCUCUCCCUGCAGAGUAUUGUGAAUUCGGUCCUGAUUUCGAGAAGUGCAAGCCUUGGCUCAUCAUAAACGCCCCUGAACUCUACCCUGAUCUCCUUAAAGAGGCUAAUGAAAAGGAGGCCGAGAGGGUUUCUGAGCAACUGCAAUCAGCUGGAAUUUCCUCAAGUGGUGCUGAUGGGGCAGCUUCUUAUGUUCAAUCUGGAGUUACAUCGUCAUCCAAGCAAGAAGAAGUGAAAAGGCUUCCAGGUGGAAAAAUCAAGAAGAAAGCAAGACAAGAAGUUGUAAUUGAAAAGGUUGUUCGCAACAAGCGCAAAUGUAUCACCAUUAUUAAAGGAUUGGACCUAUUUGGUAUUAAAUUGAGUGAUGCUUCCAAAAAGCUUGGGAAAAAGUUUGCUACUGGAGCAUCUGUUGUUAAGGGCCCAACAGAGAAGGAACAGAUUGAUGUUCAAGGAGAUAUAGCGUAUGAUAUUGUGGAAUUCAUCACAGAGACUUGGCCUGAUGUUCCUGAAACCGCCAUUUACUUCAUUGAGGACGGGAAAAAGGUUCCAGCUGCUUGAUGCUUGCAUUCCAAAUGAAAGUCGGAUUGAUUUUUGAUUUUGAAAUGUAGGGGAGAAAGAGCAAUGGAUGCAUGCAUCAAUGAAUCUGGAGUAUCUUAUGUCUUCAAUAAAUCCAUGAAUUUUUUCACCGAAUACAUGGUAAAUUAAAUAGCAAGUGGUGAUUUCGCGUCGCCUAGAGCUAGCUGUACACCUUCUCCCGAUACCGCAUUCAAAGCUUUAUGUUAAUGCCGAGGAAGAAAUCCACAUCUUUAUGUAAUCACGUAGACUCUUAGUUUGUAUGGUUGUAUACAAA